UUCCCGGCCCUUCGUUCCACUGGUGAAGCCGAGCCCUACAGCCAGUCAGGCGUCCUCGGCGCCCCAGGCUCAGGGCGACCCCGGCCCCUUCUUUCCUGCUCAAGUGCUGCGCGGGCACCCCGGCCUCCUCCUCACCCGGCCACCGGGCGACUCCCCGCGCGCAGGUCGAGUCGCAGCAGCUCGCUCCGGGUGUAGAGGCCGCCUUGUGGCCUUUGGAUGGAUAGUCGUGUUGGCGAGGGAAGAGGGGCGGCGGCGGUCCUGUGGGAAAGCUAACUUAACUAAGUGCCGCUUGGACCGUUCUGAUGCUCGCCUUUCCGCAGUGCGUGGCCAGAGGCGGAGAACAGCCGGGGCUGCAUCCUCUGCCGCGCUGGUGGGAUCAGACCGUGCAUCUCCAGAGCUCACGUGCUGUUGUUCUUUUUCUAAUUUCCACCAAAAAGGUCUUGUUGGUCUGAUUUGGAACGUCACCUUGAAUUGUUGUAUUUCAGCAUCGGGGGUCACCUCCCAGAGGCCAGGGAGCGAGGACCCAGCCUUGCGCCUACACCCCGAUGUGGAGCCCAGCAAACCUUUGCUAAUGAAACCCAGAGCCUCAAAGUACUAGGUGAUCACUUAGCGUGUCUGCGUUCCAGGUUUCUACAUAUGGAUCGGGAACUUUCAGAGUUGGUGGAAGAGCUCACAACUUCAGGACAGCCCCAAGUGGAUCCCGAGAAAAUGAAGAAGCUGAAGAAAAUUUGCAAGUCUUCGGAGGAGCAGCUUGGCCACACCUACCACCUGCUGAUGGCCCAGCUGAGCCAGGAGCACGCCGAGGUCCGCCUCUCCGCUUUCCAGGUCCUGGACCAGCUCUUCGCCAGGUCUCACCAUUUCAGGAUGUUAGUCGUUUCCAACUUCCAAGAGUUUCUGGAGCUCACACUGGGCACCGACCACGAGCGGCCCCUGCCCCCACCCAGGGAGGUGGCACAGAAGCUGAGGCAGGCCGCCACCCGGGCCAUCCGCGGCUGGAACGAGAAGUAUGGUACAGCCUAUAAGAAGCUGGCCCUGGGCUUCCACUUCUUAACGCACAACAAACAGGUAGAUUUUCAAGAUGUGGACGCUAGGACUCUGGCGGAGAGACAGCGAGCAGAGGAGAAACAGAAGCGCUUGGACAGGAUCUACAAGGAGAGGUCUGAGCAGGCCGCGCGGGAGAUGGAAGAAAUGUCCACGGAGAUCCGGAACUGCCUCACGGAGCUGGAGAGCUGCUUCCAGCUGCUGGUGCCUUUUGACCUUGAGCUGACCCCGGGGGCCGCCUUGCCCGCCAUGGCCGAGGAGGCAGGCAGGGACGAGGAGCAGCCCUGCUGCAGCAAGAGCCUGGCUGUCUGCGCCCGCCACCCGGGAGCCGCGGGGCCGCCUUCGGAGGACAGCGACCCGGAAGGCUUUGUGCGGCACCACGGGCUGGGCUCCCGCGGAUACACGCUCGAGGUGGAGCUCUCCUCAGACAGCCUGACGGUGCACGAGGAUGAGGACAACCUGGCCAUCGUGCAUGCGGUCCGGGACACGCUCAGGCUCGUCCAGAACAGGUUCCUGCCAGCCGUGUGCUCCUGGGUCCAGCUGUUCACCCGCGCAGGGACGCACGGCGGGCACUUGGAGGGUGCCAUCGAGCUGAAGGCCGAGCUGGAAACUGCCCUGAGGCGAUCUCGGGAGCUGAAUGUCAUGCCCAAGGAGGGCUGCAGGAGGGAGGCGGCAGCCCCGGGGGACAGUGACGAGGACGAGGACGACGAGGACUUUGUGGAGGUCCCGGAGAAGGAAGGGUACGAGGCCUGCGUCCCUGAGCACCUGCAGCCUGAGUGUGGGCUGGAGAAAGACCCGGCCACACUGGCCUCGCAGGCGAGGAAGAGGACGGGGAGCAGCGAGGAGGCCUGUGACCCCACCUCUGCGGCUGCCCAGCUGCAUUGGCUGCAGCGCCACUUGCCCCCGGCCUCGCCCGCAAGCCCCAGGGCACCGCUGGGUCCAGAGGAGGCCGAGAGGCUGGCGGCAGAGCGGGCCCGGGCGCCCAUCGUGCCCUUCGGGGUGGACCUGUGCUACUGGGGCCGAGAGGAGCCUACGGCCGGGAAGAUCCUCAAGUCCGACUCGGAGCACCGCUUCUGGAAGCCCUGCGAGGUGGAAGCGGAAGUAGAGAGCGCCGCUGUCUCUGAGUCUCUCCGGAGCCGCCAGAUCACCUUUGCGGGGCGAUUCGAGCCCGUGCAGCACCGGUGCCGUGCCCCCCGGCCCGACGGCCGGCUCUGCGAGCGCCAAGACCGCCUGAAGUGCCCUUUCCACGGGAAGAUCGUCCCAAGAGACGACGCGGGACAGCCCCUCCACCCGGAGGACAGGGCCCGCGGGCAGAAGCAGCGGCUGCAGAGGCCGGCGGGGCGCCCAGCCUGGCAGGACCCUGAGCUCAUGAGGGACGUGGAGGCAGCCACUGGGGUGGAUCUCGGCUCGUCCAGGCCUGGUGGGAAGGGCAGGCGACGGCGGUCUGGCCUCACCGACCUCAAGCGGCAGGCGGACACAGCGCGCGCACGCAUUGCCAAGAAGGUCUUCGCCAAGGCCGCUGUGCAGAGGGUGGUCACAGCCAUGAACCAGAUGGACCGGAAGAAGCAUGAGAAGUUUGCAAACCAGUUUAACUAUGCGCUGAAUUAGAGCGCCAGGCCGGGUCCCCUCUGGUCGUCAGCUCCUCUUCUGCUGAUGAGCUAGGAUGGAAAGGCAGACCCGGUCUGGGCUGUAACAACAGCCACGAUUAUAGUGUGUAUGUAACGUGAAGAAAUGGUGCACUUUCUCCUUAAAGUGCCCCAGAGGUGUGGACUCGCCCCUGCUGGGGGGACCACGGCCAUCGCUUACCGGUCUGACUGCCUAGUAGCCCGGGGUGAACUCGGGUAGCCGUGUCCACAGGUGGGCGUCUUGUACAGCCUGUGCCCUUUGUGGUGUGAUUCAGGGUCGCUCAACGUCCAGGAUGAGUGCGCAGCCUCCAGCCCUGCCCCCGGGCCUUCUCCUCCUCGGAGGAAAACCCACAUUUCAUGUUGACACGAAGGGGAGCCAGCUGUUUGCUCACGGCGUUUCCAGCUC